UCGGAAUGUCUCACCCUCUCCAUCAGGAACGGGUUUUUUCACCUUUGACAAUAACACGGAAGCAGCGAGCAUUUUUCCUCAUCGGGAUUUCCAGCCCAAUCUCGAGUAUAAAAGAGGCGAAAGAAGCUGAAAUAGACCAGAAACUGAAAGGGAGAGAAAGAGUCAGAGAAAGAGCAGCAUUUCCAGAAGGACAGAGAGAGAGAGAGAGAGAGAGAUGCAAACAGCCAUGAAGCUUCUCUUCAUCGUCUUCCUGACCUUGGGGUUUGGUCAAACUCGGAGAAUGAAGCGUGGAACCCAUCAUUGCUGGUACCCUGGGGAGAUGGAGAGCCAGGCCUCGGGGCUACAGAAGCUGCUGGGCAGGGCCAGCAUGAACCGCUUCCCCUCGGCGACCCUGGUUGAAGAGCUGGAGCAGCAGAAACACAAGUGGGAGAGAGGCUGCCCCAAUCUGCAGCAAUAUUCCUCACACAACAGUGACUUCAGUCAUCGUUCCAUCUCACCCUGGGAAUACAGGAUUGAUUACGAUGAGAAUCGAUACCCCCCAAAACUGGCCUUUGCUCAUUGCCUCUGUGAUGGUUGUAUUGAUGCAGAAACCGGGGAGGAGACACUUGCCUUAAACUCAGUGCCUCUAGAACAGACCAUGUUGGUCGUGCAGCGCCACGCCUGCCCUGGGCACCCCGGGCAGUAUAGCUUCGAUCUGAAGUACAUCAAGGUGCCUGUGGGCUGUACGUGUCUCCUGCCCAGAAACAGCUGGUAACCUCCUGUGGAGCCAUCGGCAGCCCCCUCUGGGAGGGAUAUUCACACAGACUCAGUAUUGUGUUUCUUGUGAAAUACGCUCUGCUUAUUUUAUGGUCAGACAUCCAACCGGACAGAGAGUGUCUGCUUCAGGUCCCGAUCAUCACAGAGACUUGGGACAUUGUUUCCAUGACUGACUCUCCCACUGCUGAGCUUUAAUUCACCCCAAUGUCAUUAUUGGCACUGAGAGCCAGUUAGACUGGACUGAGAGCCAGUUAGACUGGACUGAGAGGGACUUAGAGGGAGUUAGUCUGGGCUGAGAAGGAGUUAGUCUGGACUGAGAGAGAGUUAGAUUGGACUGAGAGCCAGUUAGACCGGACUGAGAGCCAGUUAGACUGGUCUGAGAGCCAGUUAGACCGGACUGAGAGCCAGUUAGACCGGACUGAGGGUGAGUUAGAUGGGACUGAGAGUGAGUUAGAUGAGACUGAGGGUGAGUUAGAUGGGACUGAGGGUGAGUUAGAUGGGACUGAGGGUGAGUUAGAUGGGACUGAGGGUGAGUUAGAUGGGACUGAGGGUGAGUUAGAUGGGACUGAGGGUGAGUUAGAUGGGACUGAGGGAGAGUUAGAUGGGACUGAGGGAAAGUUAAAUAAAAUAAAAAC